UGCAGUGUCAACAGAACAUGAUCAGGAGAGUGGCAGUCGUUUUUCGCGAGAUACUUUGACGAGCAAAAUAUUGAGAUCAGGUUAGAAAAAAAUGUAUAUAUAGCCUACGAUCACACCUCACGGUAAUUUCAACGAAGGGGUGAGAGUUGUGCAGGAGAGGAGAGACACGAGUGUGGAGACAGACAGUUCUAAUGAGGAGCGGCAGUAGAGGGGGCGAGCACAUUCUGCCAUGGCGUCGGCCCCCUCCUUCCUUCCCAGCCUCCGCCUCCUGCUGCACCUUUCCCCCCUGCUGCUCCUGACCGUGCCCCUGCCCCGCCCGUCCUCCGCGCAGACCGACUCCCCCUGCGGGCCGGGCCGCUCCUGGGCAGUGCAGCUGGGCCCGGGGGCGGAGGACGGGCGCUCGCUGGACGAGCUGGCGCGCCGCGUGGCCGAAGAGGCGGGGCUCGAGAGCCGGGGUCAGAUCGGACAGCUGGAGGGGCACUACCUGUUCUGCCUCGGGCCCGGAGGGCGGCCAGAGGGGGGCAGGGCAGCAGCCAAGGUGCUGGCCGCCCACCCCCACGUGGCCUGGCACUCCCAGGAACAGCUCCUGCGUCGGGCCAAGAGGAGCCUCGCCUUUAAUGACCCAAAAUACCCCAAGCAGUGGCACCUGCACAACGAGCUGAGAGUGGGGAUGGACAUCAACGUUACUGGAGUGUGGGAGCGUAACAUCACAGGGACGGGGGUCACGGUGGUCGUCGUGGACGACGGGGUCCAGCACACACUACAGGACAUCCAGCCCAACUAUAGUCCGGAGGGAAGUUACGACCUGAACUCCAAUGACCCGGACCCCAUGCCCCACCCGGACGACCGCAGCGACAACCACCACGGAACACGCUGCGCGGGGGAGAUCGCCGCGGCGCCCAACAACAGCUUCUGCGCUGUGGGUGUGGCCUACGGCAGCCGAGUGGCAGGUAUCAGAGUGCUGGAUGGGCCUCUCACAGACAGCAUGGAGGCAGUGGCGUUUAACAAGCACUAUCAGGUCAACGACGUCUACAGCUGCAGCUGGGGUCCUGAUGAUGAUGGACGGACAGUCGAUGGGCCACACCCAUUGGGAAAGGCGGCGCUGCAGCACGGGGUGAUUGCCGGGAGGAAAGGAUUUGGCAGCAUCUUUGUUGUCGCCAGCGGCAACGGCGGGCAGUUCAAAGACAACUGCAACUAUGACGGCUAUGCCAACUCCAUCUACACGGUUACUAUAGGCGCGGUGGACGAGAGCGGGAGGAUGCCGUUCUACGCAGAGGAGUGUGCCUCCAUGUUGGCCGUCACCUUCAGCAGUGGGGACAAACAGCUACGCAGCAUUGUGACGUCGGACUGGUCGCUGCAGCAGGGCACGGGCUGUACGGACGGGCACACGGGCACCUCGGCGGCCGCCCCGCUGGCUGCGGGCAUGGUGGCGCUGAUGCUGCAGGUGCGGCCCUGCCUGACCUGGAGAGAUGUGCAGCACAUCAUCACCUACACCGCCACGAAGUAUGAGGACAGGAAAGCCGACUGGAGAACAAACGGCGCUGGUUUCCAUCACAGCCACCAGCACGGCUUCGGCCUGCUCAACGCCUGGAGGCUUGUCAACGCUGCCAAGGUUUGGGAGUCGGUGCCGUUCCUAUUGUCCUAUCAGAGCCCUUUGCUGAAGGAGGAGGAGACAAUCCCAGCCUUCCCAGCUAAGCUCACCCUCAUCUGGAAUGUAACGGAGGCCGACCUGCAGCAGUCCAGAAUGCAGACGCUGGAGCACGUGUCUGUCACCGUGACGAUGACCCACCCGCGCCGCGGCAACGUGGAGAUCGUGCUCAUGUGCCCCAGCGGGAUGACGUCGCUCAUCGGGGCCCGCCGCAUCCUGGACACAGACCCGACAGGCUACACGGACUGGACCUUCUCCACCGUGCGCUGCUGGGGGGAGAGAGCAGAGGGCCAGUACAGCCUGCAGCUCACAGACUACAGAGAAGCGGCCCUGUCUCUGGGCGUUCUGAACAGCUGGAAGCUGACCCUCUACGGCUCCUCUAUGACCUUUGAGGAAGUGAAGGCCAGACAGCGGCUGGUGGAGAACGCCAUGGGCGGGCAGUACCUGGACAGCAGUUUCUCCCUCCCCUGUCCCCCGGGCCUGGACAUUCCACCCGAGGUGGUCAGCCCCCUUACUUCCAACAGUUUGAAGUCGCUGCUGCUGCUGGGCUGUUUCGCCCUCUUCUGGUCGCUGUACUACACCCUGGAGGUCAGCCUGGCUCACCUGGACCUGCGGGGACGCUGCCGGCGCGGCCGAGGGGGGCGCGGGGGUGUGGAGGAGGGGACAGAACUGGAGAUGCAGACCACACUCGACAAGGAGGACAAAGUGCCCCUCAUGGCGGGAGACACCCUCACGUAGCUCCCUACCGCACCUCUCUGCCCUCUUAACCGCCUGGAGCCACUGUGCAAGCCCUCUGCUGGGGAGGGUUUGUCUGUGUGUCAAGGAAGGGCACUCCUCUGGGGCUUUAGGGACAUUCCAGAGCUCCCGGGGUCUUGUGUACUGAAGUCUCCAUGGAGAGAUUACUGGAGGCCUGAAACAGACUGAGGCGGCGGUCAGUGGUUAGAGGUCAACGGACAGACCAGGAUGUUGAGUGGGGCACAACUGACUGUUGUGGUCAGAAAGUGGUGCUAGGCACACUGCCUGUAUCAUGCAACACACACACACACACACACACAUACACACACGCGCACAUGCACACACACAUACAUACACACA